CAGCACUGCGACAUUCCUUUGGUCUGUGUGCCCAACCCGAAGAAGAAGGAGGAGAAGAAGAAGAAAGAAAACAACAAACGGGAAGUCUGACCCGGAAUAACAAGAUGGCAGGAAAUGGGGGAUUACAGGAAUCAGGCCUGUAACUCCGACUUCAGCAUCUUGAGCAGCUAGACGACCGCGGGGUGCUCUGCCACCAUCAGCAUGAACCUCCAACAGCCCGGCCCUCUCAUCCCCGCCCCCGUUCAUCCUGAUGUUGAGAUGAAGCCGCUGCCCUUCUAUGAUGUGCUGGACGUCCUCAUCAAGCCCUCAAGCUUAGGAGCGAGUACUUCACAGAGGUACCAUCAAGAGAAAUACUUCAUUUUCGCGCUGACACCACAGCAGGUCCGAGAAAUCUGCAUCUCCAGGGACUACCUGCCAGGCGGCAGGAGGGACUACAUGGUUCAAAUUCAGCUAAGGUUCUGCUUGGCGGAGACUAGUUGUCCUCAGGAGGAUAAUUUCCCCAACAGUCUUUGUUUGAAGGUCAACGGGAAGCUUUUCCCUCUGCCUGGCCUGGCCCCCCCACCGAAGAACGGAGUUGAACAAAAGAGAACAGGAAGACCUCUAAACAUCACCAGCCUGGUGCGGCUCUCCUCCGCCGUGCCAAACCAGAUCUCCGUGACGUGGGCUCCAGAAAUCGGAAAGACCUAUUCCCUUUCUGUGUACCUCGUGAGGCAGCUUACAUCACCAUUGCUCCUGCAGAGACUAAGGAUGAAGGGAAUCAGGAGUCCAGACCACUCCAGAGCACUAAGUAAUUAUUUACCUUCUCUGGGGAAGAUGCGCCUGACGGUCCCAUGCAGAGCCGUGACCUGCUCUCAUCUGCAGUGCUUUGAUGCUGCCCUCUACCUGCAGAUGAAUGAGAAGAAACCCACCUGGAUCUGCCCUGUCUGUGACAAAAAGGCUGCGUACGAGAAUCUCAUCAUCGAUGGGUUCGUUCAGAAAAUAUAUAUCUUUGGUCCUGAGUCGACUCUGGUACAAUUUGAGGGUCAGAAGCUGAACAGUUUUGGAUCGGAGGUGAAGAUUAGAGGCAUGUUGAUCCAGAAUAAAUCAUUUCUAUUUCUGUUUCCUCUUUCAGCCACAGCUCCUCUACCCCAGUCCUUGGUGGUGGUCCCUUCUGUGGAGCCCAGCCUCUCCAAGAAAACCGAUGUGAUUGAUCUGACGCUAGAAAGCUCGUCUGAUGAUGAUGAUGUGAGCACGACCCCCCCGCCUAAGAAACAGUGCGUCUACAUCUCCAAGACGGAGGAUAUGCAUGCAAAGGGUGUGUUGACCUACCAGCCGUCUGUGCGCCUGCCCAACGUCCCCAGCCUGGAACAGACGUACCUGAGCUCGGCGCUCGCCGAGUACGCCUUUCCCAUCCACUCGUCCACCCUGGCCUCCAUCCCUACAGAGAUGCAGAGUCUGGAUUUGUUUUCAUUAAUUCCAACAGAACCUCAGCAUUUCAGGUCUCAGAUGUAUUUGGAAAACCUUUCAGGCAUCCAGAGCAGCGUAGCAGCUGGAAGCAGCUCCGCUCUGGUCUCCUCCAGCUCCAGCAGCAGCAGCUACAACACCAGCAGCCACACGGCCUCCAUCCAUGACACCAGAGGAGGAGGGGGAGGGGGGCGCUCCGGAGAUGUGAGCGGAGGUAGCCUGUCGGACAUUAUCUCACUGGACUGAGCCAUGUUCUUCACACCUUCUCCAGGCUUCCUGUCAGACUCUUUCCAUGCUGAACCUCUCUGGUGGACCUCAUCCUUCUCUAAGAGAGGAAACAUCCAGAUGUUGACAUCCGUCAUUUAACCGUGCCUCAUAUUCAAAGGUUCUGAUUAGGAGGGACGUCCCGGAAAAGCUGGUUUCCUCCAAGGACGGUGAG